CGCAUCAGUUGCUCCAGUUGUGACACACCUCGGGUGCUGCAAUAGUGGGACAGUGGUGUGGUAUUUUAAAGUUUGUAUAACGUUUUUCCAAAAUGGGUAAGCUAGGUUUUAUCUCGAUUGUAAUAGCUGCCUUAGCGUUGGUGCUCGGACAGAGGAUCCUAAACCUAAGGAAAAGGGCCUUCGCUUCAAGGGAGUUGGCCCAAAAGCACCUCCCCAACUGUGUCUUACUUAAAAAUAUAGAUCAUGGCUCAGAGGAUAUAACGAUCACUGGAGACGGGCUGGCGUUUAUCAGCAGUGGCCUGAAGUAUCCCGGACUUCCAUCCACAGAUGUGACAGGAAAGAUCUUCUUUCUUGAUAUGACAAAUCCUCGGAUGAAACCAGUGGAGCUGCGCAUGCCAAGAAACUUUGAUCUGGAGUCAUUCAACCCUCAUGGCAUCAGUUUAUACACCGAUCCCAGUGAUGACGCAAUAUACCUGUUUGUCGUUAAUCAUCCUGAACACAACAGUCAAGUAGACAUAUUCCACUUUGUCAGGGACGACCACUCACUGGUGCAUCUGAAAACCAUAAAACAUGAGCUUCUCCACAGUGUAAACGAUAUUGUAGCAUUGGGAGUGGAAAGCUUCUAUGCGACCAAUGAUCACUACUUUACCAAUGAAUUACUUAAAACUUUGGUGGAGAUUCUUCUUCUUCAGCCUUGGACUAAUGUUGUGUACUACAGUCCUGAGGAAGUGAAAGUGGUCUCUGAGGGAUAUUACUUUGCAAAUGGUGUUAAUAUCUCACCAGACAAAAGGCAUGUAUAUGUGGUAGAUCUAUUUGACCACAAUGUGCACGUGUUGGAGCGGAAAGAAGACAAUGCAUUGGUCCAAGUGAAGGCUGUGGCUGUGGGUUCACUUUGUGACAACGUAGAAGUGGACGCUGUAACUGGUGACCUGUGGUUAGGCUGUCAUCCUAAUGCAAUGAAAGUUCUGAGGUUUGACCCAACAGACCCGCCUGGAUCGGAGGUCAUUCAAAUCAAGAACAUUCAUUCAGAUCAGCCAGUGGUGACUCAGGUGUACGAGGACGACGGCAAUGUGAUCAUGGGCUCCUCUGUUGCAGCUACCUAUGGGAAAAAGUUGCUCAUUGGAACUGUUUUCCAUAAAACCUUGUGCUGUGAUUUGGAGUAGGCUGAAGAUCAACUAGCUAAGAUGUAGCUAAGAUUCAUUAAUUGUGUUUACAUGAUUGUAUAGCAAUGAGCACUGGGUAAGCAUGUUAAAAGUAGACACAAAACCAAAGUUACUGAACGUCCCAGAUACUCGUAUUACCGUGAAAAGGUAUUUAGAAAACAAUAUAUUGUAUUUUUUUUUUUUUUUUACAUUUGCUUACCUCUAUCAUGAAAAUUAUAUUUAACCCUGGUCACCUAACUGCACACAAAUGCACUGUAUGUUACCGACUGCUUUCAUAUAUAUUUGUUAAUGUUUUGUAUAUUUGAAUAAAGACAUUAAUAAUACAAUCCAUA